AUGCGAAACAGGGCCAAACAGUAUUAUCAGGCGUCCUUAAAGAUGUAUGAGCACUGUCGCGCACAUGGUGGGCAACAAGCUUUCAAUACAAAACCAGACCUGGCCCAAAGUCGACUUGCGAAGGAAUUGCAGGGCAUCAGCGGAGUAUAUGGUGAGUCUGCCAGUCUUCCCUUUGCCAUGACUUCUGCUGUCUUGUACCGUGAAAGCGUGGGGACCUGCACAUCAAAAACCUUUGGCUGUUGUGAUGCUGCAGGCAGCAGGCUGACUGCAGGCUUCAAAGUGGACAAGGGUGGCUGUGGAAACGGGGGAGAGCAAAUCAAAGAAUACAAGACGCUCGAUUUCCCAGGCAAAGAUUUUCAGGACUUAAAAAUUACAUACAAACACGCGAUUAAAGAAGUAUGGCCAGCUGGCGUCAGAACACCACCCCAGAACCGGUGGAGAAUCCGCUUUUGGCGGGUUUCCGAAGGUGAAGUCCGAGGCCCCUCUGCCAGGCCAUCCCUGUACGUGUGA